GAGACAUUUAUGAAUCUUUGGAUGAUCCACAUAGAGAAAAAUAAUUUUCAGAGUAAUGGGGAAAAAAAUAAAGAAAAUUAAUUGUUUUAGCCUAUUUUGCGUAUAAAUAUGUAAUUAAACACUUUUUCACCAUGUUGGAGUUAUGUAACCACAGACUCCGGACACUAGGGGCGCCAUAACAUCACUAGAGGCGCCGAAAUAUAAACUGAAAGGAACGAAACGAGGUCUAAAUACUCCAAAGGUUUUCGGAAUACUGGACAUUUUAUGAACAUUUAAGGAAGUUGUUUACCGAGCUGUUAAAGGAUGGGCUGCUGAGGCCAGAUCUGCUAUAAACUCAGCAACCUGCAUCACCAUGUCAGCUGACGGGGAGUUCGCCAAUGAAAACAAGCUGGUGAGACCGAAGGUGGAGUUCGGCUCUCUGCUGCAACACGCCGGAGCCACCAAAGACGUUUUCACCAUAAAGGAGGUCAUGUUCUACCUGGGUCAGUACAUCAUCCAGAGGCAGCUGUACGACCAGAACCAGCAGCACAUCGUCCACUGCGCUCAGGACGCUCUGGGCCGGGUUCUGGGCGUCGACAGCUUCUCCGUGAAGGAACCACGGGUUCUGUUUGCAAUGAUUACCAAGAACCUGGAGGCCGUGAGGGACCAAGAUUCAACGACGGAUUUGAGUGAAGCUCACAGCAGCCAGACGGACAGCAGGACGGACAGCAGGACGGACGGCAGGACGGACAGCAGGACGGACAGCAGGACGGACAGCAGGACGGACAGCAGGACGGACGGCAGGACGGAGGGAGCUGAGAGUUCACCUUCAUCCACAGACCAGAGGAGGAGGAGGAGGAGGAGGAGCAACUCAGGUCUGUCCCACAGCACAGAGGGAGAGGAAGAGGAGCAGCGGUCGGAGGACGAAGACUCUGACGACAGCAGGAAGCGGCGGCGCUCGGACAGCUUCUCGCUGACGUUUGACGACAGCCUGUCCUGGUGCGUGAUUGGAGGGCUGGGAAGUGGGCGGGACAGCCGCGGCAGCCAGUCGUCAGACUCCCACAGCGUCCGGUCCGGGAGGUCGGAGGUCACGAUCGCGGCGUCCGACUCGGACAGCGACAACUUCAGCGUGGAGUUCGAGGUGGAGUCGGUCGACUCGGACGACUACAACGAGGACGACGCGUCGCUGUCCGCCGACGACCAGGUUUAUGAAGUCACCAUCUUCGAGGCGGACGACGACGACUCGUUCGACGACGACACGGAGAUCACAGAAGCUUUCCUGGGGUUUCACUCUCAGGAUUACUGGCGCUGCUCCAAGUGUGACGAGCUGAACCCGCCGCUGCCCAGAAACUGCUUCCGCUGCUGGACGCUGCGUCACGAUUGGCUGCCGGAGGCGUCCGCCGACCCUAAAGCCCUCCCCACCAAGCCCACCGACCAAUCAGCUGCCAAAGAAACUCCAGGUUCGGAUGUGGAGGUCGACGACGGCGUCGACGUUCCUGAUGGGAAAAGAGCGAAAACGCCUGUGAACUCCCAGAGUUGGUCCGACUGCUCCGCCCCAAACUCCCAGAAUGCCCUCUGCUCCUCCCAGGCUUCCUCCUCCUCUUUCUCCCAGGAGAAGCUCUGGACGCCCGAGUCCCAGCCGUCGUCAUCGAGCGACUCCCAGGACCCGGUGCCGGACCUGGAGCGCAGCGUGUCGGCCGACUUCCGGCUGCCGGACUCGUGUCUGGACCCGUGUCUCAUCUGCCAGUCCCGACCCAAAAACGGCUGCAUCGUCCACGGGCAGACCGGACACCUCAUGUCUUGCUACGUCUGCGCCAGGAAGCUGAAGAGGAGGAACAAGCUGUGCCCCGUCUGCAGGAUGCCCAUCCAGUCCGUCGUCCUCACCUACCUGAGCUGAGAACGACCUCCAGCUGACCUUCAUCUGUCUACCUCCACAGGAUUAAUAAUAAACAAUAAAUGUGCAAACAUCCA